UGUCGCUCUUCGACGGUGAUCGAGGUCUUAUUUUAUUAUUUCCCGUCAAUCAUCUUAAUCAAAAUGGAAACAUGGAGGAGUGAAAUCUAAAUUGAAGUCACGGAGCUGUUACUAUCCUGCACGCCUUCCGCUCCUGGGCAAGAUGAGGGAUCUUCAGGACGUUGACAGUUUGCUCUUGAAAGAGUUGAAGUCAUGUUGUGCGACAGAGUACAACUUUCUUCCCAGGGAAACUGGCCUGAAGUUGAUGGAGUCUGCCUCCACAGAGAAUCACAGCGGAGUAUCUGCAAAAUGCAGAGACACCAGAGUGGAAGAACUGUGGAGCCUGACCAGCUUCUUUGGCUACUGCACCCAAACUUUUGUUCAAGCUGUCAAUUUACUUGAUAGAUUUCUCACCAUUAUGAAAGUGCAGCCUAAGCAUUUGCCCUGUAUCGGAGUUUGCUGUCUUCACAUUGCUGCCAAAAUGGUUGAGGAGGAAAGCAAUGUCUCACCCACUCAUGAGCUUAUUCGCAUCAGCCAAAGCAAGUUCACCGUGUCAGACCUGUGUCGUAUGGAGAAGAUCAUCUCAGAGAAGCUCAGUGUGGAGCCCAAAGCAGUGACAGCCUUAACCUUUCUACACCUCUACUACUCAGCCUUCACGUCCCUGUCUGCUGGAAGGGAGGAGAUCCCAAGCAUUGGGAGACUGGAAGCCCAGCUAAAAGCCUGCUUAUGCCGGCUUGUUUUCUCUAAAGCAAAACCAUCCGUGCUGGCGCUGGCCCUCAUUGCUCAGGAGUUUGAAGCCCUCCAGUCAGUCAUGUUGUUGAAGACUGUCCAGCAGUUCCAAAGACAUGUAAAGAUCAGUGACAGUGAGCUACUCCACUGGAAGGAGCAUGUGGCCAAGUGCAUGGUGGAGUACCGCUCGAGCGAAUGUAACAAACCAGACAACAAAAAGCUUGUUUGGAUCGUGUCAAGGAGGACGGCUCAGAAUCUCCAAACUAGUCACUUCAGUGUGCCCGGUCUGCCAACUAUUCCCGAGAGGAGCUGGGAUGAAAGCGAGAGCGAGGACUCCUGUGAGGACAUGAGCUGCGGAGAGGACAGCCCAUGCGGCUCAUUAGGAAGCGACGGUGAAGGAGCCUUCUUCCCUUCCACUUUUCUCAGCUGCAGAGAAUAACGACUCCCAGUUGUGCAGUAACACCAGAUGUGUAUUUGUCCCCUGAACUGUAACAGAUUUCAGGGCAGACCUGUGUGUUUCACUUGUGUAUCGUGUAUCGUAUAUAUGCCAAGUGACGGGUUUGGAUUAUUAAGUGCCUGUGUUAAUUCAUUUUACUGUUAUUCUGAUGUAAAACAAACUAAAAAACAAAAACAUAUCAUAAUAGUGCAAAAUCGAAAUUUGCAAUAUCUCGGCAGCUCAAUGGCAAUACAUGUGAAUGUCUUCUGUUUGUGUCUAAACUCGACACAUUCCAGGAAAACUAGUGAGGCACAAGUAACAACUUUAGGAUGUCAGUAAUUAGACACCUUCACUGUUGAGUACCAGCUAACACACUAGCACAUCCACAUCCUUUUAUUGUUUCUUAACAUAUAUAUUAUAUGCCACACAUAUUCACAGUAUUCUGCAGAUGUCAGUGUGCUAACUAACAAAUGUUAUUCUAAUGUGAAAUAUAUGACGUUGUGGUGGGAAAAUACCAGCCUGUAAAUGCAUGGAUGAUUUUUAAUAUGUGACAGUGAAUGUUUUUCAUGUUUACCAAGAUAAGCUUACUGAAAAAACGUUUUAAAAAAAUGUACAUAACAUGUAAAAAAUAAGAAAAAAACAUGGUGCUUAAUGUGUAUUGUAUUAAGAUAUAAUGUGAAAUAUGUUGGAAGGUCAGUAAUAAUCCCUCCAAUUAAAAAAAAAUACUUUU